AUGUCAGACCAGGCCCUCCCAGCGGGGUUGGCCACUCAAGACCACUCCCUGCAGGAGGCGAUUGAGCGCAGCACGGCGGAGACGCCUCUCAACUUCUUCCGUGGCGAGAAUGGUGAGGCUUCGAAGGAGCUCGUCGGUGUCUUCUUUCUGGUCAUCUUCCUGCUCACGCUGCCUUCGAUUCAGAUGUUUGCGAUGAAGGGCUGGCCUUCAUUCUGGCGCAAGAUGGACCGGCUAUCGGACACGCUCAGCAGGGGCGGCUGCUUUGCUCACAUCUGCAACGGGCUUUACAUUGACUUCUCUCGGCUCCCAACUGUGUAUGAGCUCAUCGACGUGGCAGAGGCCAACCCGGACCUGGCCCGCAACGAUGCGCGCGCGUACACACCGAUCGGCCCAUACUCGGACGUGUGCGAGAUUGAGGUGCGCGAGCGGUACAAGGGGCGAACCACCGACGACGCGCUGUCGGACAAGGUGGUCCUGAUCCUCAAGCUUGCUCUCGGCCUCUUUGCGUGCGGCCACUGCAGCGUCGACGUGGAACUCUUCAUCGGCGACGCCGCCGCCGCGCUCGAGCUGCCGACGCCGUACAUCUCUGUCGGCCACCGCGUGCUCGACGUCUCGUUCGGCUCCUUCGGGCCGCACCAGCUGCGCUGUGGCCGCGACCUCGUAUUCUCGGGACUGGCUGACCUGACCUCGCUCUGCACCGCCAUCGCGAACGGCGACUGUCGCUCUGCGCACGUCGGGCUACGCGUUUGCGACGAGCUGCUCGAGCGGCCUCUGCCCUACGGCUGGCUCGUCCAGAUCCUCGCCUUCGAGGGCAUUGGCAUCCUCGCCUCGGUGGUGGCCUACCACGGCUCCGUUCCGUACGACACGCUCGGCGCGGCGGUAAACACGGCCAUCCUCAUCGCCGCGAUGCACGUGGGUAAGCUUUUCAGGAUCUCGCACCUAGAGCUGAUGCUGGUCUGCUUCGCCGUCGGCGUUGGCGCACCCUUCGUCUGGCACUACCUGAGCAACGGCGGGCAGCCCAUCUGCCACAUCGGGCCGCAGUUCAUCGGGCCGCUGCUGAUCCACCUGCCCGGCUGUCAGAUCAUUUGGGGAUCGCUCGAGAUCGCGGGUGGCUCGCUCAUCCACGGCGGCUCGCGCAUGAUCAACGGCAUGUUCCAGGCCAUGCUGAUGGCCAUCUUCAUCACCCUCGGCUGGCAGUUUUUCGGUCGGCACUGGGCGCUCGGCGACCCGACGGUCCAUCCAAACGACGGCGUCGAGCUGGAGGGGUCGCUGACCUCGCUGCCGCCUUCGAUCUGGUGCCCCGCGCCGUGGCAGGUGCCGACGGAGGGCGUGCCCGAGGUGGUGACCUGGUACUUUGUGCACACGGUCGUCGCACUGCCCCUCCUCGCCCUCAUCAACGUUAAUCUCAACAUCCGGCCGCGCGAAUCGCUCGGACCGUUGGCGUGCGGCCUCUGCGGCACUGUCACCACCGGCUUUCUCGCCUUUGGCCUGCCAACCGCGGCGGGCAUCCCCUCCUACCUCCAAAAUAUCAUCGUUUCUUUUGUCACUGCGAGCGCGGGCAACGCGGUCGAGUUCUACACAGGCCUUUCCUCUGUGGUCUGCGUCGUGCCGGCCCUCUUUGUGUUUGCGCCGGGAUCGGCCGCGAUGAUGGCCUGUAUCGGCUCCUUCCAUCGCGACGCGGGGGAGACCUUCCUCGGCGCCAACGUCUCGACGCUGUGGGAGUCCAUCACGAUGACCGCUGUCACCUACAUGCUCGGCGUCCUCUUCGCCACACAGCUCUGGAAACGCACUAUCGUCCACCACGGCGUCGACGGCGUGGUGCGGCGGCGGCGCGCCCACGCCGCCGCCGCCGCUAACAAGGACGCGGGCAACAACCCGUACGCCAGCACGCGGGGUGCGAGCCUCGCCUUCGCCGAGCGCGAGGGCGACGAUUUGGGCUUCAAGGGGCACGGCCUGAGCCAGUACCGCUCGCAGUCAGUGGCCACCUCGAUGCGCGGCCGCCUCUCGACAACGGGCAACCGACCGACCGCUUUAUGGCCGUCUGCAUUGAACAAGACUCCCUCAUUGACUCCCUCCUGUCUGUGA